UAAAUUGCAAAAUGCGAAGCUUCUUGCGAGAUGGUGGACUUUAUAACUAUAUGCAACAGCGCUUGCAUAACAUGCAUCUGGUGCAUCCUCUUUUCGGUAUGUUUUCCAAGAUGCUCGAAGAAUCUUAGAAAACAGGAUUCAAGCGAAUGUUGCGUGCGUAAAAAACCGAUAUUACGGAAACACCGAAGAGCAUAUUUGCACGAUUUUUCGAAUUGCGUGAGAACCGGUUCAAUUCAUGCACGACGAAGAUUUAAGGAUUCUCCUUGUUAUGAACGUAAUCAUGAAAAUCAAGAACGUCGAUUGUGUCACAGAAAGAAAAUGUGCGUUCAAUCAGGAGAACGUCAAAACAUACGCCAAUGCAAGAACCGGGAAGCGUCACAAAUAUGCUGCGAACAAAUAAAACAUUUACAUAGUCAUAACAAAUCGAAUGAUUCUCUGAACAAGAAGAAUGGGACUAAUAUAGACUUAAAAAUAGAUAAAAGUAAAUAUUGUGUUUGUAAAAGAUCUUGAAAUAAAAUUCGUAAUGUCAAGAAUUAAAAAUAAAUAUAAAAUAAAUAAACCAAAUAAAUAUAUCAAAUAACAAUAAACGCGUUGAGCGAUUUUUCUAAUAGUUGAUAGAAUCAGAAAAAUAU